AUGGGUCAGAUCCACCAGGGACUGACACAUGCAAUGCUCAGUGCUCUCCUAAUUUUCCAUCAUGGAAUUGCAGUGUCGGAGUCAGGUGCAACAGUGCCGCACGAAUCUCCGUCUUUGUUAUCUAUGCUCUCCGCCACUCCGCUGGUGUCGGCCCUAGCACCGACAACCUGCAACGGCCGCCCAGAGUAUUGCAACCGGUCCUACUCAAAUAUCACAUUUGUAGGAUCUCACGACUCUGCCUUUGUUGGACCCCUACCACAGCAAAAUCAAAAUAUCAACAUUAAAGCCCAGCUCGAUAUGGGGAUCCGGUACCUACAAGCACAAACACACCGCUCUAUCACUGACAGGAACGUGAUAGAUCUGUGCCAUACAUCUUGUUUACUCGAAAAUGCUGGAUCUCUCAAAUUAUAUUUGACGACCAUCAAAAACUGGCUAGAUGUAAACCCGAACGAAGUCGUCACUCUUCUCUUGACAAACGGAGACUCGGUAGCCAUCACCGAGUUUGGAGACACUCUCUCCAGCAGCGGGAUUUCUAACUAUGCCUAUGUUCCCUCUGCAAAUCCACUGCCAAUUGCAAACUGGCCCACCCUGAGUGAUAUGAUCUCUAGCGGAAAGAGAUUGGUCGUAUUUCUAGGUAAAAAAAACACCAGCCCCAGAGAGAUGGGCCAGAUAUGUACAUCGACUAAAAAAGUUUCAGACUAUGGUGCCGACAUUAAAAAAGUGAACUUCAUCCAAGAUGAGUUCGCUUACUACUUCGAAACAGCCUACGACGUCACGGACGCCUCUUUCUCGAACUGCAGCCUCGACCGGCCCUUUGGCGCCGCCGCCACAGGCCGCAUGGGCAUUGUCAACCACUUCCUUGACAUUGAAGUUUUCGGCGUAAAAAUUCCAGCUCGUCAGAGGGCAAGCACUACUAAUGCUGCGACGGGGCCAGGUAGCAUUGGUGCCCAGGCAGCGCUAUGCUCUGGGCUGUAUGGGCGUGCGCCGAAUGUGGUGUUAGCGGACUUUGUGGAUAAAGGGGACGUUAUUGCUGCGCAGAAGAAUCUGAAUGGGUUCUUGAUUGGGGUCUGA